GCCCUGAGAGGAAAAGUGCUACAAUAGAUGUUAAGAAUCGUGAGAUCACCGCAUUCCAUGAGGGCGGCCAUGCUCUUGUUGCUUUCUACACCAAGGAUGCUAAACCAAUUAAUAAAGCUACCAUUAUGCCAAGGGGACCAACUCUUGGACAUGUAUCACUUCUUCCAGAGAAGGAUCAAUGGAAUGAAACUAAAUCACAGCUAUUGGCUCAGAUGGAUAUCUGCAUGGGUGGUCGUGUCGCAGAGGAGCUCAUCUUUGGCCCCGACAACAUCACAACUGGCGCUUCAAGUGAUUUUGACCAGGCUACAAGAAUUGCUCAGCUCAUGGUAACAAACUUUGGAAUGAGUGAAAAGCUUGGUAUAAUGACAUACAGUGACGAUCAAUCAGGCAACUCCUCCGGCAAUAAACCAAGUCCUGAAACCCAGGCUCUUAUAGAACAAGAAGUACGCAGGUUAUUAAAGGUAAUGGUUAUUUAUAAU